GGGUGUGGAGCAGGUGGGUCGAGUUGGUGGGUGGAAGGGAGCAGCAGCCCCUCCCCACCCGUGAGGGAGGAGGAGGAGGAGGAGGAGGAGGAGGAGGAGGCGGCAGUUUGGGCACCGGACGUCUAGGGUGACCGCAGGCGCUGGCUGACCGUCGAGGGGGCGGAGAGGAGGCUCGGGCUCUCCAUUGUGCGGCGACCUCGGUGGUGGAGGGAGGAGGCUUUCUCUCGGGUCCCGCCCCGCCUCUCCUCAUCCCCGCAACCGCUGCGCAGUUGGACGGACGCCCGAGCACCGACAGAGUGAUUAAAGGACUGCGGUAACGUCCAGCCACCGCAAUGGGCAAGGAGAAGAUCCACAUCAACAUCGUCGUGAUUGGGCACGUAGAUUCUGGCAAGUCCACCACCACCGGGCACCUGAUCUACAAAUGUGGUGGCAUCGACAGGAGGGUUAUCGAGAAGUUUGAGAAGGAAGCUGCCGAGAUGGGCAAAGGUUCUUUCAAAUAUGCCUGGGUGUUGGACAAGUUGAAGGCUGAACGUGAACGUGGUAUUACUAUUGAUAUUUCUCUCUGGAAAUUUGAAACUAGCAAGUAUUAUAUUACCAUAAUUGAUGCUCCUGGACAUCGAGAUUUCAUUAAGAACAUGAUUACAGGUACUUCACAGGCUGACUGUGCUGUACUGAUUGUUGCUGCUGGAGUAGGUGAGUUUGAGGCUGGCAUAUCUAAGAAUGGCCAAACACGGGAGCAUGCCCUGCUAGCUUACACUCUGGGUGUGAAGCAGCUCAUUGUUGGAGUAAAUAAAAUGGAUUCUACUGAGCCACCAUAUAACCAAAAGAGGUAUGAAGAAAUUGUCAAGGAAGUCAGUACCUACAUCAAGAAAAUUGGUUACAGCCAAGAAGCCGUGGCAUUUGUACCAAUCUCUGGUUGGCACGGUGACAACAUGUUGGAGGCUAGUUUGAAUAUGGCAUGGUUCAAAGGUUGGAAGAUCACCCGUAAAGAGGGUAAUGCUAGUGGAGUUACUCUUUUGGAAGCUCUGGAUUGUAUCAUGCCACCUCAACGACCAAUAGAAAAACCUCUUCGUCUCCCACUUCAAGAUGUCUACAAAAUUGGUGGUAUUGGUACUGUACCAGUGGGUCGUGUUGAAACUGGUGUUAUGAAACCAGGAAUGGUAGUUACUUUUGCACCUGUUAAUGUCACAACAGAAGUGAAGUCUGUUGAAAUGCAUCAUGAAGCCCUGUCUGAAGCUUUACCUGGUGACAAUGUUGGCUUCAAUGUUAAAAAUGUGUCCGUAAAAGAUGUCCGUCGUGGCAAUGUUGCUGGAGAUAGCAAGAAUGAUCCACCAAUGGAAGCUGCCAAUUUUACUUCACAAGUAAUCAUCUUAAACCACCCAGGACAGAUUGCUUCUGGCUAUGCUCCUGUCUUGGAUUGCCAUACUGCUCACAUUGCUUGCAAGUUUGCUGAGUUAAAGGAGAAGAUUGACCGUAGGUCUGGGAAGAAGCUCGAAGAUAACCCCAAGUCCCUGAAGUCUGGGGAUGCGGCCAUUGUUGAAAUGAUUCCAGGCAAGCCCAUGUGUGUUGAGAGCUUCUCUGAGUAUCCACCACUGGGUCGUUUUGCAGUCCGUGACAUGAGGCAAACUGUGGCUGUUGGCGUCAUCAAGGCUGUUGAGAAGAAGGCUACUGGUGUUGGAAAAGUCACCAGGUCUGCCCAGAAGGCUCAGAAAAACAAAUGAAUUUUACAUCUGUCAGCUUCCACUUCAGUCUCCUCAAUUGGAGGCCCAGUUUUAGAACGGAUGAUCACAGUUUACCAUUUAAGCUCCAUAAUAAAAGACUGGUUAAUGAUCAAAAUGCAUCGUAAAUACUUCAGAAGGAAAGGAUUGUGGACCAUUUCAUUAUACUGUUGUAGCAGUUUUUUAAGUUAGUAGUUUUAAAAGUCUACUUUUAAAUAGAAACCAAUGCCUUGGCCAGCAAUUUGGUCACAGAAAUUAAAAUUAACAUAACCAGAAUCCUCUUUCUCAGAAUUUUCCAAGAAUUUUUUCACGUCUCCUGAAACUGCUCCAGGCUUUAUUCUGAAUUAGAGGAACAGGAGUAGGCAAUUUGGAGCCAGAAUGGGUACAGAUAGUUUGGUCGGGUACAUUAGUCUGAUUCAUUCCAUAUUUCUUGACAUCCUUUUUUAAAAAAAAUUCAGAGAUCCAAUUUUGUAACAUUAAUCCUAAAAGAUUUUGAGUUUUAUUGCUAAAACUAAUAUUUCAGUUAUCUAAGUGCAUGAAAAAAGCUUGUUGAAAACCAUUAGAUGAAUGCUAAUUUAUCUUGGCUUUUUUAAAAUAUAAUCUGGACCUUAGUUGAUUUUAAUCUUGCCAAAUUUGGAUCAGCCAAUUCCUUGGUUUUCAUAAUUGGGUCAUGAAAAAGUUGAUGAUUCAAAGUUAAUGCUUAUAGUGAAAAGACAGGAAGUACUGGAUUCGAGUACUAAAGCUGCCCUAUAAGAGUUUAAUGAAUGUGAUCUCCAGGCUCAAAUCUAAUCCAGAAUCUCUCUACAAUUGUUUAAUCUCUCCUUUCCUGUGCAAUAACAUGUGCCCUAGCUAUUGUAUUUGCAAGUUGAAUUUGGUUAUUUGAUGAAAUGUGGACUAGCGACACGGUAUACCCACCAACUGAACUGUUUAAAAUGUUGAAAUGAUUUCCUAAUUUACCACCAAGUAAAGGAAUCUACCAAAUCUGGUCUGCAUAUGCUCCUUCCCCACACCGCAUAGUUGACAGUUGUCAUCUUAGGGCAGUUAGGUUGAAUAAGAAAUACAGGCUUGACCCAUCGUGUGAACACUUAGUUUUAGCUAAAACUGUACUUUUAUAGUUGUUGAUAUUAGUGUCAGUAUGAUCUGUGAUUGACCAUUAGAACCUGUCUCCAUGCUGCCUGUCGCGCACAUUGUGUUGUGCCUGUUUGUGCAAAAGUUGCAAAGUAAAUUUAAGGUUCAGUGUUUAAUUCUCUUGCUUUGUUUAUCAUUAAAAAAUCAAAAAGGUA